AUGUUGGUCGCGGACGCAGAGCGUUUAGAACAAAUCGACAAGUUGUAUGAGUUGCGCCUGGAUCAGUAUGUUUCAUUGCCUGUGCUGGCCGUCGUGGGCGACCAGUCCAGUGGCAAAAGCUCUGUUCUCGAAGGCCUGACAGGACUGCCCUUGCCUCGAGACUCUGGCUUAUGCACUCGGUUUCCCACUCAGAUCAUCUUCAAAAGGUCGCCAACGAAGCAUAUUGAAAUCAGUAUCAUCCCGUCAUCGGAGCCAGACGAGCGGAAGAAGGCAAAGAUCCGCGACUUUUCACGCCGAUGUAGCCAGGAUGGCGAUGCGCUUAAUCCUUCGGAUUUCCUCGCGAUAUUAAAAGAGGUGCGUCUACGCUUUCCUACAGUCCAGUACACAGGCUCAGUCAAGCCCAAGGCAGCCGAGAUUAUGGAAGUGCCGUUCGCAGGCCAAUCCCGUGAAGAGUCGUCUCACUCGUUUUCCAAUGACAUCUUGAAAAUCGAGAUGGCAGGCCCCCAGCAUGAACACUUCAGCGUGAUCGACCUGCCAGGGCUCUUUAGAAAGCCUACCCUGGGGCAAACCACGAAAGAAGAUAUGACCCUUGUCAAACAGAUGGUCGCUACCUAUCUCAACAACACGAGAGCCAUAAUACUGGCGGUUGUACCGGCAAAUGUCGACCUAGCAACCCAAGAAAUCAUCCAGAUGGCCGAGGACGCCGAUCCCGAACGGACAAGAACGCUAGGAGUACUAACAAAACCGGACCUAGUCGAUCACGGCGCCGAGCCCGCGAUCGUCAAUCUGGUAAAAUCGGGUGGCAGUACGCGUGGUCUGGGAUACACUCUAGUAUGCAACAGAAGUCAAAGCAACCUCGGGGUUUCGACAGCCGAGCGUAACAAGAAUGAAAAUGACUUCUUUAACGAGGGCGUUUGGAGCACCCUUCCGAAGGACAGAGUAGGUGUCGCCGCUUUGAAACGGCGGUUGAACGCUCUGCUUAUUGGCGUGACUCGCACCACAUUUGCAGAUGUCAUGCUUGACAUAGAGACUCGUAUCCAGAAGGUACAACUGGAGCUUGACUCCAUCGGCUCACCUCGCGGCAGCCCGGCCAACCAGCGGCUCUUUUUGCUUCAAAUCUCAACCCACUUCCAGUCUUUGGCCACGAAAGCCAUCGAUGGCUACUACGGUCGAGAUCUGUGCUUCGAACAGUCCGCCGCCCUCAGGCUCGCUACACUGGUCGUGGCAGAAAACGAAAAGUUCUCUCAAAAGAUGUUCCGCCACGGCUCGCGACGUCGAUUCUCCCUGACGGAUGACUCUGCAUCUGAUGACGAGCCGCCGGAGAGCCACAACAGUACGCCUCCAACGGAUUUCGAGAAUGAAUCGGUCGAAAUUCUUGAGCAUUCGCACAGAAGCUACCCCGAGCUGAGGAGCCUGAGGCCGGUGGUGGCGGAAGUGCAGCACCCUAUAGAGGAAUCGGUACAAGAAUGGAUCACGCGGAAAUAUCGCAACUUCAAAGGAUUCGAGAUUGGCACGACAAAUCCGUCGUUGUUGCCCGCGUUGAUCCAAGAGCAGACGAGUUCUUGGCACUAUCAUGCCGGUACGCACGCGUACAACGUCAUCGUGCGGAUACAUACCUUCCUCGACACCUUGUUGCACCAUGUGUGCCCUGAUAACGCGGUAUGUGACCGAAUCUGGGUCCGCAUUGCACCGGCCUUGAAAGCUUCUUACAAAAUGGCCAUGGACCAUGUCGCCUUCCUCGUCAACGUGGAGUCGCACGGGUACCCGGUUACAUUGAACCACUACUUCGUCGACAAUUUGAAGAAGCGGCGCCUGUCCCGAGUUGAGAAGCGCCUGGGCAAAUUGAAGUCCUGGACCACGAACGAUGAUAACAAGCAGCCUCUGAUUCGACUGGCGGAUACUGUACAAGCUUACGUCGACAACGAGCAACACAGUAUUGAGGAUUUGCAUGACACACUCAAGUCCUACCACAAAGUCGCUCGCAAGCGGUUUGUGGAUGCUGUGUGCAAGCAAGUGGUCGACCACCACCUCAUAUGUUCCUCCGAAGGACCAUUGUCGGUCCUCUCGUCUCAAUUUAUAGCACGGCUUGGUGAAGAGGAUCUUCAACGUCUGGCAGGUGAGGAUGACGAAACCUUGGCCAGGCGGAAAAAUCUCCAAAUUGAGCUUGAGAGUUUGCUGGAGGGCCAAAAAAUCAUACAAUACUGA